UGGAGCGCAGGCUCCUCAGAGUAUCACAACUGGAAAUUAAAUGAGCCGAGUACCAAUGGUGAUUGUGUCUCCAUCUCCUCCAAGACGCAUAAGAUGGCUGCCCAAAACUGUGGCGCCUAUUUUCCAUUCCUCUGCCUCUCCGACAACAUGGUCUUGGUGAAGGAGGAAAAGAGCUGGGAGGAGGCGCUGGAUCACUGCAGAAGACUCAAGUCCUCCGCCCAAAGCAACCUUCGCUUCGAUCUGCUCAGUCUGCAGCCUGGAGAGGAGCAUGUCUAUGUAAUGAGCAAGGUCACGGAAGCUGUCACUGAGGAGGUGUGGAUCGGCCUGCGUUUCCUGGCUGGUGAUUGGCUGUGGGUGAACGGGGCAGAUAUGUUGCACCCUGACCUGCCCUUCUGCCCCACCCCACAGCAGAACUGUGGAGCCCUAUCUAAAAACUAUGCUGGCAAAGUAAAGACUAGAGACUGUUCACAGAGGAAAAACUUUAUCUGUUACAGUUACACAUCUACCUAACAGUGGCAUUAUGGAGCCUGGUCAUCUCUGCAGCAAAAAGAUAAUACCUUCAUUUGAUUUUUUUUAUUUUAGAUUUAAGCCCUUUAAAGACAUACUGUUCGAGAUAGUUCUAACUUUAAUUUUGAGUUAUAGAAAUAAGUAUAUCACUAUAAGUAUAUUACUGAUGGUUUAGUACCAAUUAAUGCCGCUGGGGAUCAUGGCGUCCGUCCCUGUCUGAUGUGCUCUGGAGCCAGGGAGCUCAGGAGUUCACAAAGACGUGAUUUCUGACACGUAGAUAACGUGCAAACAACGUGUUAACGUGUUGUGUACAUGUUGUCAGCAUGUAAAAAAGUAAUGCGCAAACAAUGCGUUAACAAUACAUUUGUGUGUUAAUAACACGUUGACUGCACGUUAAUGACAUGUUGAUUUCAUGUGAUUCUGAGCCAUGUGGCCACUUGUCCAGUUUGAAGGUGUGAGUGUUGUAUUUUCCCAUUGGCUGCUGAGUUGUAGGGUUAAACCAUUUCUGUAAG